AACUCUGACUGUCUUAUGGGCUCCAGACUCUGUAAUCAGCUCUUUCAUGCAUCAUAUGUUUCAGGAGCUUUUGGAGCAGAGUGGAGUGUGAAGUACAACCAACAGGAAAUCUGUGCUUUAAAAGGAUCCACAGUGUUUAUGAACGGAACUUUUACUCACCCAGAAGGUCUCACAGUGACAGAGACUUUCUGGGUUAAACAUCCAGCUCCAGGGGUGGAGCCGUCUGAUCUGAGUAAAGACCCAGAUUAUUCAGGCAGAGUCGAGUUUUUCACUGAUGAACAGAAACACUUCUUCCUCAAACUGAGUGAUGUAGUGAAGAAGGAUGAACAUCAGUUCUGCUUUAGAAUCAAAACUAAUGUAGAAAAAGAAAGAUGGGUGGGUGCACCUGGAGUUCAGCUCAGAGUUACAGAACUCCAUGUAGAAGCUCCUGAAGAAGUGACAGAGGGAGAAACAGCAGAUCUGACAUGUAAGACCACCUGCAGUCUGACUGACCCAACAUUCAUCUGGUACAAAAAUGGACGUCCUUUAACCACAAAGAUCAUCAAGAACAACCAGCUCCACCUGCAGACGGUCAGCAGUGAGGAUGCAGGCAGUUAUAGCUGUGCUGUAAGAGGAUCUCAACACCUCCGCUCUACUGCUCACAGCCUCAGAGUCAGAUAUCCUCCAAAGAACGUCUCAGUGUCCAUCAGUCCCUCUGGUGAAAUAGUGGAGGGCAGUUCAGUGACUCUGACCUGCAGCAGUGAUGGAAACCCACCUGUAAAGAUCUAUACCUGGUUUAAGGGAUCAACAUCAGUAGGAGAAGGAAAAACCUACAGCAUACCCAACAUCAGAUCUGAGCACAGUGGAGAAUACACAUGCCAGGGUCGGAAUGAUCAUGGAGAGAGAAGGUCCACUGCUGUGAAGAUUAAUGUUCUUUAUCCUCCAAAGAGGGUCUCAGCGUCCAUCAGUCCCUCUGGUGAAAUAGUGGAGGGCAGUUCAGUUACUCUGACCUGCAGCAGUGAUGGAAACCCACCUGUGAAGAUCUACACCUGGUUUAAGGGAUCAACAACAGUAGGAGAAGGAAAAACCUACAGCAUACCCAACAUCAGAUCUGAGCACAGUGGAGAAUACACAUGCCAGGGUCGGAAUGAUCAUGGAGAGAGAAGGUCCACUGCUGUGAAGAUUAAUGUUCUUUAUCCUCCAAAGAGGGUCUCAGUGUCCAUCAGUCCCUCUGGUGAAAUAGUGGAGGGCAGUUCAAUGACUCUGACCUGCAGCAGUGAUGGAAACCCACCUGUGAAGAUCUACACCUGGUUUAAGGGAUCAACAUCAGUAGGAGAAGGAAAAACCUACAGCAUCCCCAACAUCAGAUCAGAGAACAGUGGAGAAUACAUAUGCCAGAGUCGGAAUGAUCAUGGAGAGAGAAGAUCCACUGCUGUGAAGAUUAAUGUUGCAUAUCCUCCAAAGAAUGUCUCAGUGUCCAUCAGUCCCUCUGGUGAAAAAGUGGAGGGCAGUUCAGUGACUCUGACCUGCAGCAGUGAUGGAAACCCACCCGUAAAGAUCUACACCUGGUUUAAAGAAGGUGGAACCUCACCUGUAGGAUCUGGACACAGUUACAGUCCUCUGCAGAGGGGAUCUUACUACUGUGAGGCUCAGAAUCAGCAUGGAGCUCAGAGAUCAGAUCUGGUGACAGUCGAUUUAAACGGUCACUUAGUGACUCUGUAUGCAGCUGCUGGAGUCGGACUUUGUGAAGUUGCAGUUUUUCUCGCUGCAUUUUUCUGGAAAAGGAGGAAAAGGCAGACCAGAAAUAUGAAUGAACCGGACUAUGUGAACACAAGACGCAGAACCAAGCCUCCUGAUGACGACUCUUGCAGUGUUGAUGACUAUGAGAAUGUAACCAAAGCAGGCCUCAGUGCCCCGCCUCCUGAUGACGACUCAUCCGGUGAUCAAGACUACAUGAAUAUAACAGUAAGUUCCAAAUAUUUGGCUGUAAUCACAACACAGUACAACUGCAUUUUACGGAAUGCAGAAAGUAAGUAG